AUGGCUGCUUCAACACUCUCGUCAUCCCUCCAAGAGAUUAAUCCUGCCUUAAACCAGCUCGUGAAUAGCAUUGCAGCAGGUGCAACAGCAGUUUGGAAAGCGAGAAACGAGGUUGUUUGGAGGAGUAAAAGGCCGGUUCCAGCAGUUGUAGUGCAGUUUGCAUUAGCUUACUUUGAUCAAUGGAAAAGUGCGAAAACUCAACAUGUUGAGAGUGAUAUGCAUGCUGGUGCUGUCAUUUAUCCACAUUGGGAACCUCCAAGUUUGAAUACAAUUAAAGUCAAUGUGGAUGCUUCGGUUUAUGCGGCUGAGAAGAGGUUUGGGUUCGGUUGGUUGGCUAGAGACUAUGAGGGUUGUGUUCUUUUUGCUACUGCUAUGGAGUAG